AUGACCCCAAUGCAGCGGUUCAUGCUCGUCGUAGCGCUCUGUGCCUACGCCGGCCACACUGGACGCAGUCUCUGUCAACAACACGCCCAAUUGCAGCGAAGCCGUCCUCGUCUCCAUUGGUUGGCCGUCGUGCGCGCCGCUCUCAAGUACACGUCCAUCGGGCAGCUCAUUGCCAGCUCCGAGUACCUCUUGUGUCUCCUGAAGCCGCUGCUGGUCCUCCGACUCAGUCGGUUGCUGCUAUGGACACCUCGCGGGUGUCGCGUCAACCGCUGCUAUGGAGACCACAAGCGCCAGCGACUCGACAUCUACGGCAUCGAAGGAGGAACGAACAAGCCAGUGCUGGUGUUCCUGCACGGAGGCGCGUGGUCUUACGGCCACAAGUGGCAGUACGCUCUGGUCGGACAGUACCUGGCCACACACGGCUUCCUGGUGGCGAUCGUGAGCUACAGGACGUUUCCUCAUGGCUCAGUGGUGGAGAUGGUCGAAGACAUUGAGAACGCCGUGCUCUGGGUUGCCGAGCGCUCGCAGUCGCUUGGUGGGGAUCGCCACCGGCUCUUCGUGAGCGGCCACUCGUCCGGUGGACACGUCGGAGCGUUGGCUUUGGUCAAGUCGGCUCUCCGUCUCGCUAGCAGUGACAAGAAGACUGGUUCGAGAAAGGAGAUUGCGAACUCCGUGCGUGGAUUCAUUGGCCUCGCGGCGCCGUACGACAUCUCCGAUCAUUACAUUUUCGAGAGCGAACGCGUCAUGGGACCGCUGAACGGAGUGCACGGCAUUUCGUCCAUGAAGCCUGCCAUGCUGGGCGUGGACAACUUCAAAAAGUACAGUCCGACAGCGCAACUCGAAGAGGCGAAACACGUCGACUUUUCGCUCCCCCCGUUCUACCUCCUGCAUGGAGACAAUGACACGGUCGUUCCCCCGAGCUCGUCGAUAAAGCUCGCGCGUGUCAUGACAGAAGCGGGUCAAGUUGCCGAGUACUGCGAAGUAGGCGACUGCACUCACGAGGACAUUGUGUUUGCAGUGAUGGGGGAGAACGUCACCUGCCGCGCGACUGUCAUCAACACGCUACAGCGCAUCAUGUUGCCGGCACCUGUGCAUACGGCGGAGGUGCAGCUCCAGCCUUCAUCAGCGCCGCUGUCAGUCCCACCGAAAAUGUGA